AUGGCCGGCGACGAUCGAGGCGUUGAGGCGGCAAUGAGAGUCGGGGAUCGUGGCGUUGAGGUGGACUCGGCCGGCGGCGAUCGAGUGGUUGAGACGGCGACGGCGUUCAGCGAUCGAGUUUCUGAGACGGCGACGGCGUUCAGCGAUCGAGGAAAGGCUCCGAUUUCACCAGAGUGGCGAAACGGUGAUUGGAUUGACAAUAUGCUUAGUUCAGAUCGAGUGAUGAGUUAUGUCGUUGAUGAUUCCGUCUUGAUGAAUGCGGAAUGUAAUGGUAGAAAAUCCAUCGAACAACCUUACUGUGCCAGUAAAUUAACGCAAGGUCACAGUUCUAUUGUAGAUCAGCUGGAAUCAGUUGUCUGUUGA